UCUCCAUCGAAAUUCAGUGACUGACACGUACGGGCGGUGGCUGCAACCGAACCUGGCUUAGCACUGACGAGACCUGGUGAAGAAAAACUGAUGAUCCUGACAACAAGCAGGAAGAAAGUCAACGUAUGAGUGGUCAGUUUUAGAUUAGGAAGGAUAAGAGUGUGAACAUCCAAACUGCAAGUCCAGCAACAUUAAAUUUUAUUUGGUCACACCCAUAGCUGUUUCAGGAUUUUUUAUAAAAAAACAUGUGAUUAUUGAACAACAGAAGAUGUUCAGAGCUGAAGAAUAGAAACCGUUUAACAUUUCUCCUCAUACGUUGUGUCAAAUGAACGCAAUGACUUUAACGAGUCAGAAAACAUUCGCAACCUUAACUCACUGACAACCUCCUGUACUUUCUCUUCGAGCCGAUCACAAAGAGUUUAAAGACAUCGAUCAUCCAGAAAAUGAAGUCCGUCUGUUGUGCCGUGUCCGAUGCCAUGGUCCUGUACCUGAUGCUAACCGUCGUGACGUAUGUCCAUGAGGUGCUAGCCUACCCCAGUGGCGCGGGGCUUGAGGCCUGUGCCACCCUGACUCCCCAGCAUGGAAAUUUGAACACUCCUCGAACUGAUACAUCACCUUAUGCUGUGCUCGUGUCCAAAGCCUCGUAUCAGCCAGGUGAAAACAUUACAGUGAUGCUGAGAGGCCUGUGUGGACAUACCAUCAUGGGCUUCUUGGUGCAGGCCAGACGAGUGGACACCGCUGACCCGCGCUACCGCACCAACCCCAACCAGGCGCUGGGCACGUUCUCCGCCGUCCCCGGCAGCAAGUACACGUGUAACAGUGUUGCCGGAGAGUCUUUGACACACAACGGACGAUUCAACGGUACGUCACUCUUGCUGUCUUGGACAGCUCCUCUCAGACCGGAAGGACAUAUUCAGAUCAAAGCAACGUUCGUCGAGAAGUUCGAAUCUUUCUGGACCUUAGUGACGUCAGUGGUGAUUGAAGACCCAACAGCCACUCGCCUGCCUGGCAACCCUUCGGAUCUCCGCACCAAGUACAUUGAACCUUGUGAUACAGACAAACCCACAACUACAUCCACAACCACAGCCACAACAACGACUACCUUAGCCACAACCAUGGCUGCUACAACACCUAUCCUCAUCCCGUCAUCUGCGACUACUGUUCUGAGUGCAAGUACCACCAUGGCACCAUCUUCAUCUCCGAUGACUCUACAGCCACCAUUGACGAGCGUGCGACUGGAAACAUCCACGCUUGCAACCACACCAAGAAUCACGCCGAUGCCUGUGUUACCUUCACUGUCGACUAGCACUUCACCAAGUACUGUAGCCACUUCGCAAACACCAGUCUUUCAACAGGCGAUGAAAAUCCAGUGUGGACAAGGCUACGGCUGUUUCCGAGACUGCGGUUCCAGCGUGUGCACCUUCCAGGUGGCGUGGCAGCCACGUGACCAGGGGGUGUGGUUUGACGUCAUGGUCAGGACGCUGAGCCUCGCACAGAAAGAGUGGGUGGCUGUGGGCUUUUCCAAGGAUCAUAUGAUGGGGCAGGACAGCGUGGUCGAGUGUCUGCAAGACGGUGAGCGGAACACGGCACGCGCCUCCUUCAAUGGCGAUCGCACGAACCAAGUCCUUCAGUCUGUGGACAAGGCUUUGAUCACGGAGGUGAAAAUCGCGAGGUCGGAUGGCUUCCUGCGCUGUCAGUUCUUUCGCAAAAUGACUGACCCCGAUAACCGGGUGUUUGACCUCAAGCAGGACUGGUACCUGAUGCUGGCGCAGGGCCUGGUGGACAAUGCAGGGGAGAAGCUGCAGCACAGUGGAAUACCUUUCGUGUCCGCCCACCUGGUGGACCUUCAGGCCAUUGAUGACGUCAGACAGUGGCCGUGGCACGACAAACUGUUCAUCAAGAUUCACGGUGCUGUGAUGGCUUUCGCCUGGAUCUUCUGCGCUGGACUGGGGAUAGUCAUCGCUCGCUACUACAAACCCCUGUGGCCUGCUCAGAAAUUUUGCGGUCGUAAAGUCUGGUUCACGGUCCAUCGCUUGUGCAUGGUCGUCAUGGCGAUCCUCACCACUGGGGGCUUCGUCAUCAUCUUCAUAGAAGCGGGAGACCUUGCCGAGAUCAGUGUGGUGGAAUUCCAGAAACUUCACCCCGUGAUUGGGAUCGUUGUAACAGCAGUAACAGUCGUGCAGAUUCUUCUGGGAUGCUUCAGACCCUCAUCGGCUUCCAGAAACCGGCCUGUGUUUAACUGGGGCCACUUGCUGCUCGGACUUUCGUGUCAUAUCUUAGCCGUGUUCAACAUGAUAUUGGGCAGCAAACUGUCCAAGGCCAGGGUGCACGUGGCCACCACCUACAUCCUGUACGCAUACGCAGUCUACCAAGUCCUCAUCGCUGUCGUCCUCGAGUUUAUCACGUGCAACAUGAGGAUCAAAGAAAAGAAGCAAGCCAGCUACAUCAUCUAUGAAAGACGGAACAUGGUCUACUCCAGUACCAAGGAGAUUCUCGAGGGCGAGUCUCACAAACCUCCAGGAAGUUUUGCCAUGGGGAUAAUGAUCCGCAUCCAUCUUCUGUUUGUGACUGCUUUCUCUGCUGCCACCAUCGCCCUCAUCGUCAUCGCCCGUUAAUCACAAUCAGUGCGUGCACCUCAAAAACAAACACUUGGGCUGCGAUGACCUCUUGCGCUGAAGCUGUGACCUCCUUUACAUGGCCGCCUCUUGGUCAUUUGCAUAUUUUAAACUCUCUAAAGUGUGGGUAACUCAAGAAGGCACUUGAAUAAUAGACAUGUUAACUUUUGUAAAGUCAGACAUCAUUUCUUGAUGUUCAUUUUUCUUUUUUGUAUCGUCAGAGAAAGAGAAUAAACAACAGGGCACACAGCUGUU